AUGCGGUACUGUGUUCCUUUAGUCACGGCUCCCAUGGCUUAUGCGUCACUGCUUGAGUGUGAAGGAAGAGGGGGUACAGGCUUUAGACAGGCAUAUAUACAAAAACACAGCUGCAGGUUGAGCUUAAAAUAACCCCCUGGUUCCAAAGAAGAGACCCAAGUCCACAACACACUGAUUUCGGGGCUGCCAAGCAGGGUGAGCCGCCGCAGGGCUGGAGAGAAGUGCCAGUCAGCUGAGGAUGCUGCCGCCCCUCUGCCUGCCGCCGCUGCCCUUCCCCUGGAGGGCGGCCUCGCCGGCCGUGACAGUGGGCAUAUACAGGAAGUGGCAGAAAUAAAGAAAAACAGCCUGUUGACUUUCCUUGCGUGGUGGUAUGAGUGGGCCUCCCAGGCCAGGGCAGUGUCCUUUUUAGGAGGGGAAGCCAGGGAGGUGUCCAAACGGCAGGAAGUCCUGCCCCUCCAACAGUCCACUUGCCGAGAUGAAACGCCCUGCAAGAAUUUCUACUGGAAGACCUUCUCCUCCUGCAAAUAA